AUGGAGAAAGCGUAUGAUAGCAUUCCACGAAGUGUCGUUUGGGAUAGCUUCAAGGGAAGAGUCAUUAUGGAUGAAAUUUCUAAAUCUAUAUGGGAGAUUGUACCUUCGUGCAUGUUGUUCGCGGAUGAUAUUGUUUUGGUCGCAAAAGCUAAGGAGGAGGCUAGUACUAAAUUAGAAGAGUGGAGGGCGGUCUUAGAGGGUAGAGGGUUGCGCAUAAGUCGUACGAAGACAAAAUAUUUGCGAUGCAACUUUAGUGGGAUUGAAUCGAUAGGUGAGUCAGAGGUGACCAUAGAAGGAGAUGUUGUUGCAUGCAUGUCAAAGUUCAAAUAUUUAGGAUCGGUAAUCCAGAGUGAUGGGAAGAUUGAUAGAGAUGUUACUCAUCGCAUACAAGCGGGUUGGCUUAAGUGGCGAGCAGCAACUGGGGUACUUUGUGAUAAAAAGUUUCCUAGUAGAUUAAAGGGUAAAUUCUACCGCGUUGCGAUUAGGUCGGCUUUAUUGUAUGGGACAGAAUGUUGA